GCUUCGUGCUAGGAGAACGGCGAUUAAAAAAAACAAUAUUAAUGGACAUAAAAUAACCUAGUGUGUUUCUAACUUUCCUGAAAGUGUUUUAGUUUUAUUUGUUUCUUGCUGCCUGUCUGCUGGUUAGCAGCGGAGCCUGCGGCGCGUGCUUAGAGACAGCUAAAACCAAGGACAGUAGGCGCUUAGUAGUUAGCUUACUUGUGUCUGGACACAAGUGGCUUCUUUCUGCUUCGUGUUUGUGCAAAUGUGGCACAGACUGGGUGUUUGUGUGGUCAGAAGAGCAGUUUGUUUGAGGAGUCUCUACACGAUGCGUGUAAACACCGAAGACUUCCAGUCUCUCUUCACUGACGGACUGAAAGGUUUAGCAGAGAUAUUUGAGAAGCACCAGUAUGAGCUGCGGAUGGCUGGGGGCGCAGUGCGGGACCUGCUGUCUGGGACGCGUCCCACCGAUGUGGACUUCGCCACCACGGCUACUCCAGCGGAGAUGAAGCACAUGUUCCAGAACGCAGGGAUCAGGAUGAUCAACAAUAAAGGAGAGAGUCACGGCACCAUUACAGCCAGGCUGCACGAUGAGAACUUUGAGGUGACCACACUGCGGAUAGAUGUGCUGACAGACGGACGACAUGCAAAGGUGGAGUACACCACCGACUGGCACAAAGACGCUGAGCGGAGAGACCUCACCAUUAACUCCAUGUUUUUAGGACUUGAUGGCACAUUAUACGACUAUUUUAAAGGUUAUGAAGACCUCCAGAACCAUAAAGUACGUUUUGUUGGCAGCGCUGAAAAAAGAAUACAAGAGGACUACCUGAGAAUCCUGAGAUACUUCAGGUUUUACGGCCGGGUGGCUUUAAAGCCUGACGAUCACGAGCCUGAGACUCUGGCUGCCAUCAGAAAACAUGGCCAAGGACUGGCAUCUAUAUCAGGAGAAAGGAUCUGGGUGGAGCUGAGGAAGAUGAUGGUUGGUAACCAUGCUGCUCAUCUGCUGGAGCUGAUCUAUGAUCUGGAGCUGGCUCAGUAUAUAGGUUUACCUCCAGAUGGCAACGUUGAAGAGAUGAAGCGUGUGUGGCAGAACGCCAAAGACCACUCUCCCAAGCCCAUGACCAUCUUGGCUGCUCUCUUCCGCUGCACAGAGGAGGUGGAGAAGAUGGACCUCCGGCUGAAGGUGUCCCGGGAGGAGAGGAACCUGGCUUUAUUCCUGGUCAAACACAGGCGGGAACUCUGCAGGAGCAAAGAAGACCCAGAGAGCCUCAAACCGUUCACUGACUUCAUCAUUGAUAACCGGGACAUGGACACUCAAAGGGUGUGUGAGCUGUUGAAGUACCAGGGUGAGGAGAAGCUGCUCUCAGAGCUCCUCAGAUGGUCCAUCCCUCGCUUCCCCGUCGGAGGUCACGAUCUGAGAAAGGUGGGAUUCACCUCAGGCAAAGAAAUCGGAGCCACCCUCCAGACGCUCCGCGAUGUCUGGAAGAAGAGCCACUACCAAAUGGACAAAGAGGAAUUGCUCAGUCACCUGAAGCCUUAAAUUAACAAAACAAUUUUGCUUGUGUUAACCCAAACGCAUGUUCUAGUAUUGAUUUCAUUAUUGUAUUAUUGUUCUUUAUCUAAAAUGGAAAAAGAAGAUAUCACUUACAAAAAUGGUCGCACAGAACAUAUUUUUUUGUAUAAUAAAUAAAACUGCACUGUCAGCAGAUAUGAUGCAGCUGAAAAAAGGACAUUAAAGCAGGAAAACACACAAAUGUUUUAGUUUUUAUUAACUUGGGGCUUUUUUUGUUCAUUUACAUUUCAUUUAGAUUGACAACCUGCGCUGCAGGUAGCCUGUCAGCACAAUCCAGCACAUGCUUUAAUUCUUUGAAGUAAUGGAAAUGAGCUGGUAAAACUAGCAGGAACGUAAGAAAACAGUUCCACUCGAAUUUUGAAUCAAUACUUCCUCCUCCUGCCAUAUCUAUAGAGAACAACGGCUUUCUCCACUGGCCUCGUCCUUUUUCUCCACUGUCUACAAAUGCUAAAAUAAACAGGAACUGCAACCUUCCAUUGAUUAAG